ACGCGUGUUGUAGCGCGCGGGAGAGGCUGAAAACCCAAACAAGUCAUGUCGGUGGUGUCCUCAUACAUUGUCUUAAAUUAUACGCAAUAUUAAACCUCGAAAGAAGCUGCAGUACAAGGUGGAUACUGUUUCUUCACCGGCAGCAUGGCAGACGACUUCAGCCAAUCCCUUACCCCUCCACUUUCUCCGUUUGCAGAAGACAGUAUUUGUGAGCUGAUUCCAUCCCAACCACCAUGUUUCUGCUGCUCUGACACAAAAGAGGACCCCACAGGAGCACUCUCUACAGAGGGAUACACUGCACGAGGCUCCCUGAAACGGCUGCUAUUGUGUCUUGACCCGGCUCCUACGGAGUAUGAGACAGACACUGUAGAGUGCUUUGGCUUUUCUUGGGUAACAGAGACAGCACUGGUAGAAUCUACAAAGCUUCUCUUUGGUCUGUUAAGACAAAAGGUUUACAGGCUUGAGACCUUGGUACAGUCCAGCUCACAUGAUUUUGGUCAAGCAGGUAGCCUCCACUAUGAAGCAGAGGACCUCAGACAACAGUGUGUGUCAUUUCUUCAGUAUGUCAAAGUCUUCUUGCACAGAUACCUGGAACCUUCCAGCUCCAUGGAUGCAGGUCAGUCACAGUCCUAUGAGGAGCUGGAGGCCCAACUCCCCUCUGCUCUUCUGGAGGAGCUGUUUGGUGUCACUCUUCUCAUAGGAAGACUGAAAGACCUGCCUGCCAAUGUUCAGAGUGCCUUCACAAUAUCUAAUCAGGGGAAGAUCUUUUCUCCCUCUUGGCAUUUGUUACACCUUCAUCUUGACAUUCACUGGUCAGUCUUAGAGAUCCUCCACCUACUUGGUCAAAAGAUGCAAGGCCAAGUUGUUUAUGCCCUUCAGUUUGUGAACCUGACAGGAGAGAACAUGACUGAUACCAGUUUGUUUGAAGAGCACCUGUGCAGUCUGCUGUGUGACCUAACUGGUUUGGCCGUAGGCAAAUACAGCAAGGUAAGGCCUACAGAGGCACUGAGCAGCCAUCACUACCUGUGUUCCUGCACCAAAGAGCUUUGGAUCCUCUUAAUGCACCUUUUGGAACACAGAAAGAAAGUGUUUCACACACAGUCUUUCUGGGACUACAUGAACCCAUUGUUGAGGCCUCUGGUUUUAGGAAAGCCAGCAGCAGAGCAGUUUAGUGGCCUCCCUACACACUGUCAAGACCCGCUUGGAUUCACAUGGUGGCUGGUCACUCAUUUAGCAAUGUUGGGGCAAUACAGCCGCGACGGCACACUCCAGAAUGAGAAACAUCUAGGAGAUAACUGGACUUUUGUGGAGGAAUUGCUCAAGUUGACCUGUAACAGUAAGGGAGGUCUAGCAGAGGAGCAGGUCAGGAUGCAUGCCCACUGUUGCCUCAGUCUGUGUCUUCUGUGGGAACCAAGCACCAUCGCUGUCUCCAACCUCUGGGACUACUACAGCAAGAAUCUGAGUUCCUCGUUCACUGUACCCUGGCUGGGAAUGUCCGGUGUGGGCACAUUGUACAAGUCACCGUUGGCUUUGUCGGAGCAGGCCCGCAGCUGCUGUUGCCCCUGUCACCUUACAUCCCCAGGACACAUCCAGCUCUACCGCUCAGCCAGCUCCUUCCACAUCUUCCUCCGAGUGCUGGCCCUGUGCCUCGCCCAGGACAGAGUUGGUGGAGUCCCACAAAGACAAAUCAAAGGAAGGAUUUAUUCCAAGUUCUCCUCAAAAAAGAUGCAGGAUCUGUCAGAGGCUGGCUUAAUGAACUUCCUGCUGCUUUUUCUGGUGGUGGCAAGGCAGGUAGAGCUGGAGGAUGUUGCAAGCAGAGCCUAUGAGCUACUUGGUUUCCUUCCCUCUAACUGCCCCCCUGGGCACCGCACCCUGGUCUGGAGGGGACAGCUAUCACUAUUGUUAUUGUUCCAGGAGAGGGGUCUGGAUGUGGGUGCACAGGCCAGUUGGCUGGCCAAUUCUUUCAAUGAGACAGCUAAAGAGUUCUACAAUAAGACCACAGAGGUGUCUCGCAGACUUGCCCUCUGGGGGCCCCUUGGCUCAUACCUGGAGGGUGUUGCUGAAGUUUUUGAGACAGGCACCAGUCUCAGCCAAUCAGAGGAAAAACUUCUCAAUGAAGGAUUUGAUUGGUUGCUGCCUGCUUGCCGCCUAUCAGAGCUGAAUUCUGCCCUAGGCUUUCUGCAGAUCGUCCUCGCCCAGCUCAGACGGGUCCAUCAGCACAGUGUCCACUCAGCAUCCACCUUGGCUUGGGCUCCUGUUAACAGCAAUGUGGUGAAAGAGCGCCACCUAGCGGUAGCAGCAGCACUCUGGGCACACUUCUUCCCUUUCCUGCGCAGCCUACGCCUCUCUCAGACCCCUCCAGCACAGCUUGCAGAUGCUGCUGCAGGGUUCACACUGUUGGCCUUUGAUCUGCCCAGUUCUGCCUCUCAAGACCUUCAGCCCAACCCAGUCCAGUCCAUCAUGCAAUGCUUCGGCUGGGACGACAUGGUUCACCCACUUCUGGUGACUCGCUAUCUUCCUCAUCUACUUCAAAACAGUGAGCUGCUGACUUCAAUAAGCAGUGAUUCUGCCGGCUCUGCACAAAGACUCUCAGUGAGGGCCUGGUUCCGCUGCACUAUACAGCAGCACCUUCACAAGAACCAAGACGGGUCUGACAGCAGAACAGCCAAGGCUUUGGAGGAGCAGUUGUGUGAACUGACCCGGUUGGUGCUCAGGCUUCCUGAGGUGGAGAGUAUUUUGCAGAGAGCAGGUCUGAAACCUACUGCCGCCAGACUUGAACCAACUUCAGUUCUUGAGAUGUUUGUCAAGGCUGUAGGGAUUACAUACAGUGGACUGCAGGUUUUGUCUGAGCGUUCAGACAUGGUGACCAGAGCCCUGGACUAUAUUGGUGACAUCCUGAAACAUAUCAAACCCUCCCUGGUCAGCAAGAACCAAGAGGGAGUGCAACUGGCCUACUGGGCUGUUGGUUGCAUAGUGAAGCACUGGAGCCCCCUGCUGGCCACAUCCAAAGCCCAGCAGCUGCUGUUUCGCAUUGUGGACGGACUGCUGCUUCCCCACAACCUCACACAGCAGGACAAAGCACUCAGGGACAGCCUGCCUCUCUAUCUACAGGGUCUGUCAGUUGCCUCCAGUGUGUCUCAAUCUCAGGGUGCCUACCUGAAGCAGCAGCUCCGCUCUGUUACCCGCAGGUAUUUGGACCAUUUCCUUCCUGCCUCACCUUCCAUGGGCAUCAUUGCCAACCACCCAGUGCUUCUGAGUGCGUGUGAGGCCAGCCCAACUGUGUCGGGAGCGUCUCUGAGGAGGACAAUCCUGGAGCUGCUCUGUGAAAGCUUCCUGCAGUUUAAAGGUCAUGCCCCCCCGCCUCGGUUAGCUUCAGUCCUGAUGUUUCUAUCGGAGCUUCUGAGAAGAAACAGUGACUCAGACCCCACCCUCCUAACUCUGCCCGUCCCCGCUCUGCUGCGCUGUGUGAUGCUCGUCAAUGAACCACAGGUGCGGAAGAUGAGCACAGAUGCUUUGCAGCUUGUGGUGGAGCGUUGUAGUGUUACAUCUACAGAGGGACCAUGUGACCAGAUGAUCAAUGUCUUAAGGUCAUUUGUGGAGGAGAAUGAGGGAGUCUAUGACAGACAGGUAUACAGUGUCCUUGAGACUGUGGCUGUUUUAGAUCCUCCUGUUGUUCAAGCUCUCAUCCCCAACCUGUCUCUAAGUCUGAGAAACACUGAGUACAAGAGAGGGCUGGGCAAGAACAUCGCUGUGAGGAGUGCCUACAGGAAGUUGCUGUGUCUCCUUGGUGAGAGUGGGCAGGCAGAGCUGACCAGUCUGGAUGCAGAUUGAAAGUUGUUCAAAAACAAGGACCCGCUCCAGGACCUGUUGCCAGCUCUAAGAAUGACUUUUUACUCGUAAAAACCUUCUUUAAGUUGCAUAAUCUUCCUAAUUUGGUCUUUAGAAAAUUGUGUUAUAAUGCUGCUUUCGAAGGCAUCUUAGGGUUUAGUGCAUGUCUUUAGCUGUGAUCAUGUAAAAAUACAAGCAAAUGUGAAUAUUCAAAAAAGUUUUAUAUUCUUUACUUUAAAUUCAAAUGUUCUUUAUCUGUUAGCCUGAUAUGUUUCAGUAUGUGUCUAAUAUCACAGAAUGUAUAUAAUGUACAUGUAAUAAAGGUGCAUCCAUUGAUCUUGGCAGAUCCAUUAUCAAUGAAAUAAAAUGUGACAAAUGUGAAAAUGCA